CUCCAGUCAGAAUAUCUUUGUUUUGCACCGGAAGAAAUACUGACACGUUCCUUUUAUUUCUUAAAGAUGUAUAUCAAUUUCAAAUGCACAAUCCUGCGACCUUUUGAUCAGGAAAGAUCCAGUGCCUGAGAUCUCGUGGAAUCUGAGCUGUCACUCAAACCUCGCGAUAUUUGUGUGCUGUUGGCGGCUGAGGGCCCGUCGCUUCUGUACUGGAGAACUGCUUCUGACAUUUGAAUGAAAAACAUCUUCCCAAAAGCGUAAAACGAUGGCUUCGGCUCUGGAGCAGUUCGUGAAUAACGUGCGGCAACUCUCCGCUCAAGGUCAGAUGACUCAACUGUGUGAGCUGAUCAAUAAAAGCGGGGAGCUUCUGGCCAAGAAUCUCUCCCAUCUGGACACUGUUCUCGGAGCAUUGGACAUCCAAGAACAUUCCCUCGGUGUUUUAGCUGUUUUGUUUGUGAAGUUUUCCAUGCCAAACAUCCCUGAUUUUGAGACCCUGUUUUCCCAAGUCCAACUCUUCAUCAGCACCUGCAAUGGAGAGCACAUCCGAUACGCCACAGACACAUUUGCUGGUCUGUGCCACCAGUUGACAACCGCCCUUGUAGAAAGAAAACAGCCUUUGCGUGGAAUAAGUAUAAUUAAACAGGCCAUAGACAAGAUGCAGAUGAACACAAACCAGCUUACCUCAGUGCAUGCAGACCUGUGUCAGUUAUGCCUAUUAGCGAAGUGCUUCAAACCUGCAGUCCCAUUCCUGGAGUUAGACAUGAUGGAUAUUUGCAAGGAGAACGGAGCGUAUGAUGCAAAGCACUUUCUAUGUUUUUACUACUAUGGAGGCAUGAUCUACACAGGUCUGAAGAACUUUGAACGGGCGCUGUAUUUUUUUGAACAGGCAAUAACCACUCCAGCAAUGGCUGUCAGUCACAUCAUGUUAGAAGCAUACAAGAAGUACAUCCUGGUGUCCCUCAUCCUUCAUGGCAAAGUACAGCAGCUCCCCAAAUACACAUCACAGAUCGUGGGCCGGUUCAUCAAGCCCCUCAGUAACGCUUACCACGAGCUGGCUCAGAUCUACGCCACCAACAACCCCACCGAGCUGCGCGCUGUGGUCAACAAACACAGCGAGACAUUUACACGAGACAACAACACCGGCCUGGUCAAACAAUGCCUGUCCUCGCUCUACAAGAAAAACAUUCAGAGGCUAACCAAGACGUUCUUGACGUUAUCCUUACAAGACAUGGCGAGUCGAGUUCAGCUCUCCGGCCCUCAAGAAGCCGAGAAAUACGUCCUACAUAUGAUCGAGGAUGGAGAGAUUUAUGCAAGUAUUAACCAGAAAGAUGGCAUGGUCUGUUUCCAUGACAACCCUGAGAAAUACAACAACCCUGCGAUGCUCCACAAAAUCGACCAAGAGAUGCUGAAAUGUAUAGAGUUAGAUGAAAAACUAAAGUCCAUGGAUCAAGAAAUCACUGUAAACCCCCAGUUUGUGCAAAAGAGUAUGGGAAUGCAAGAGGAUGACGUCGGCAGCAAGACGUCGAGCUACUCUUGAGGCCGUUGCAGAUCGCUGCUUUGCUCUCGUCCCCUUCCUCAUCCCAAAGCUGGAAGACCUUCAUGAGAGCAAAAUCAGUUGGACUAUAUCGGAGGAAAGCAUAAAUGUGUGGAAUGACCUUUUUUUGGUUCUGUCACAGCGCACCCUAAACAAGAACUUGUUUUUGUCAGUGUUUAUUUAUCAAUGCUUGGUUGACAUGCCACUGCAUCAUUUAUGGUCAUUCAAAUAAAGAUACUGGACUUCUUUGUUCAAAA